AUGUCUCGAGCACCUAAAAUCUCAGAAGCGAUCUGGGAGCGACACAAGAGCGUUAUUCGGACCUUGUAUAUUGAGGAAGACAACAGCCCCGAGAAAGUUUCCGAGGUUUUGCGGGACAAGUAUGGAUUUGCAGCAUCGCGUCAUCAGAUCAUUCGUCGGCUUGCCAGAUGGAAGUUCAAAAAGUACACGACUAAGGAGGAAUGGGUGUAUACGAGCUCACAGAUACAAAGGCGAAAAGAGCAGAACGGGAAAAAGACUGAAAUUGUUCUGAAUGGCAAAACAGUUUCGGAAAAGAAACUCAGCAAGGCCUUAGGGAGGUACGUUGGGACCUGGGACUUUGGGCCCGAGUGCCAGAGAAUUCGUCCCUGCGAAGACCUCACAACAAUCGAGAUUCACACCCCCAAGGAAGGCCAUGGCGUCAUGCCAUACUCGACGCCGUGGUUCAAGUUCUGGAAGCUUGCUGAAGAGACUGUUUUUACGAGCGCUGCUAUAGGUUUAGCAAGAUCUAAAAGCCAGAACAAUCAAGAAAAUCUUGGCAAGAUCAUGAAAUUCAUGUCCUCGGAUGAGCAAAAGUUCACCGAAGUACCCAUCUUAAUAUCACACCUGGCGACAGCCUUGCCUCGAUUUCAUGAAAACCAGCGACAUCCUGUACUAGAGGACUGCGACUCUUUGCUGCUGCAAUGGAUAUUUUACGCUGGCUCAAACAAGUUAGUCAGCGUAGAAUGCAUGCACAUAUUGUUGAAAUGGGCCAUCGACAAUAACUAUCUCCGGCUCAUCAAGGACGCCAUUGCCCUUGGUGGACUAACUGUCCAAACCGCUUCCAGAUACCUACUCCCCAGCGCUGUCGGGGCUGCAAUAGAGAUCAAUGACUGUGUCCUCGCCGAUGCACUCACAGAAGAUUGGGUUGACGUGAACAAGACACCAUACUCUUACCCGAUCUUACCAGCUCUACAAACAGCGUCACUCAACGGCAACAAUAGUCUGCUCAGAUUGCUGGUUCGGCGUGGAGGCGACAUUCAUGCUCAACCUGCAGUAAGAGGACUCACUUGCCUACAGGCUGCAGCGAUUUCAGGAAGCCAAGAACUCGUCGAGCAGCUUUUGCAAAUGGGCGCCCGAGUCGACGAUUACCAGAGUGGAAAUGACACGACCGUUCUCCAAGCGGCUGUCAUAAGUGGCAGUAUAGGGACUGUGCAGACAGUUCUUCAUGCUGGAGCAGCCGUCAACGACAGCCGAGGUGUCUGCUCUGCCCUUUACCACGCCGCUUAUGGUCAAGAUCCUGAAAUGUGUGCUUUUCUCUUACGCAAGGGCGCUUUGGUAGACCAAGAGAACAGAGACAGCCCAUUGCUUGCUGCAAUAUUUCGAGGCUCGCACGAGAUGGCCAACCUUCUCUUGGAAGCCCGAGGCAAUCCCAACAGUUGUACUCGAUUACUACAGCACAAAUGGAGCGAGUCAAGCGUGCCGCAUCUUCGUUAUGAAGAAGAAGACGAAAACGACGUACAAUUAUGGACUCCGCUAGCAGCUGCUUGUUACUGGAGUGACAUCGCCAUGAUUAAGCUGCUUUUGCAGUAUGGAGCUAAACUGCACAAAGGGACGAAAUUUUAUACUUCACCUAAGAGUGAGAAACUUAGGAGGUCUAAGCUGGCACGAUCGGGAAUCGUUGGCCAGUUGUGCAGUUCCGACGAACGUGCCAUGCGAAGUUGUUCAACAGAUGGUCGCUUUGAAUCUCCUCACAGAGGUUAG